CAGCCCUUGCUGUGUCCCACCAUGGCAUUCGCUGGCACCUGGCACAUCUACGCUCAGGAGAACCUCGAGGCCUUCCUCAAGGCUCUGGGGUUGCCAGACGACACCAUCAAAAUGGCCAAAGACAUUAAGCCUGUUGUUGAAAUACAACAAAAAGGCAAUGAUUUUGUUGUGACAUCCAAAACACCCAACAAAUCUGUAACCAACUCAUUUACACUGGGCAAGGAGGCUGACAUCACCACCAUGGAUGGCAGGAAGCUGAAGUGCACUGUGAACUUGGUCAAUGGGAAGCUGGUGUGCAAAUCAGACAAAUUCUCUCAUGAGCAGGAAGUAAAAGGAAAUGAAAUGGUGGAGACUAUAACAUAUGGUGGAGUAACACUUGUCAGAAGAGGCAAGAAAGCCUAA